AUGAUUCCACUUCAUGUAUUUCUAGGGACUCUUUUCCUUUGUCAGACAGGAAUUGCAGUUCUGGGUAACUCCAUUCUCCUGUCUUUUUUCAUCUUCACUCACCAUAAGCUGAGGGCCACAAACCAAAUCAUCAGCCAGCUCACUUUAGCCAACUUCCUUUCUGUGCUCUCCAGGGGGAUCCCAAUGACAAUAUCUGCAUUUGGGGUGACAGACUUUCUGGACGACACCUGGUGCAAAAUUGAUUUUUAUCUUCAGAGAGUCGGCCGGGGUUGUUCUCUCUGGAGCACUUGCCUGCUGAGCGGCUUCCAGGUGGUUGUCAUUAGUCCCAACACCUCCCCGUGGGAUGAGCUCAGAGCCAGAGCUCCCAAGUACAUCAUCCCUUCUUGCCUGUUCUGCUGGGUCUUUAGCCUAUUCUCAGAAGCUGGCGUUAUCAUAGGCAUGAAAGGCCCACGGAGCAGCAGUAACAGCUCUGUGAUAACAUUUGACUUCAUUUUCUGUACCUGGAAAAACCCGGCCAGGUAUUUUAUAUUGUUAACUACCUUCCAAGACAUGUUCUAUGUGGGGCUGAUGAUAUGCACAAGCAGCUACAAGAUAAUUCUCUUGAGAAAACACUACCAGCAAGUCCAGCACUUGUACCGGACCAGCUGCUACCCCAGAGCCUCCCCGGAGAUCCGGGUGACCGGGUCCAUCCUGCUGCUGGCGUUCGUUUUUGUCUCCUUUUACUUAAUCAACUGCAUCUUUGCCAUGUACCACAACUUUUCUCUAUAUUCCAGCAGGUGGCUGGUGAAUGGGUCUGCAUUUUGUGUGCUAUGUUUCCCAAUAAUCAGCCCCUUCCUUCUGAUCUCCAGAGACGGCCAAAUAGCCAGAGCCUGCUGUGCUCCCAUAGACAAGCACAAGCAUGAACCUUCUGCUCCUCCCCUCCUAAGAAAGUCAACGAGACGACUGUGGUCCUUACACAGCACAAAUAACCCGGACUGGUUCCUCCCCCGCUCUGUGCGCUCACCUGGGGAGGAGGUGAAGCCCCCAGAAGGCUGUAAGCUCGCCCUCCUUCUGCACCUUCAGUUCCCAAACUACACGGACAGGGCCCACAAGCAGGGCAGACCCGGGCAGCGGGGUCGGGGCGGGUGGGACCGGACCGUGUUCCGAGAGUGA